AUGGUUUACCAGACUAAUACUGCAGCUGUGCUCUAUCAAGUCCGUGAUCUUCGUAUGGAAGAGCGGCCGAUUGAGACUCCGGGGAGCGGAGAGGUCUUGAUUAACAUACGCGCAACUGGCAUCUGUGGAUCAGAUCUCCACUACUACUUGGACGGCACCAUGGGACCUUUGAAACUUGAUCCACGGUCGCCCAUGAUAUUGGGUCAUGAAUCCUCGGGCAUUGUUACUCAACUUGGCCCGGGCGUCACAGGAUUGGAAAUAGGCGAUCGCGUAGCCAUCGAGCCUGGCCGCGCGUGUCAAGAAUGUCGCUAUUGCAAGGAACAAGGAGGCCAGCUUUACAACCUAUGCCCCAAAAUGAAGUUUCUCGGUUCCUUGAGACAAGGUCCCAACGAUGGGUCGUUAAGACGUUAUGCAUGUUUUCCCGCGUACUUGUGUCACAAAAUACCCGGAUCAAUGUCUUUUGAGGAUGGUGCCUUGAUUGAACCUUUAGCCGUCGCCGUCCAUGCCGUCAACCGAACACACGUCAAGCAAGGAUCCGUAGUUGCUGUCUUUGGCGCCGGUCCCGUGGGUCUCAUGACAGCUGCUGCAGCCUAUGCCCAGGGAGCCAGCCAGUGCCUCAUUCUCGAUAUCAAUCCAUCACGGCUCGAGUUUGCAAAGAAAUAUUUACCUGCUGUCCAAACCAUGGCCAUGCCCAAGGUAUCAUCCACAUUGGAAGAAGAUGAAGCACAACAACAGAGCGCAAAUAUUCAAAAAGCAUUCCCCAAGUUUCAAGAUGUUGAUGUCGUGUUUGAAUGCACAGGCGUUGAGACGUGUGUCAAUAUCGCAAUGUAUCUGACACGUCCUGGUGGAGCCGUCAUGUUGAUUGGUAUCGGCAAACGCGCUACAGUGAUGCCAAUUGAUAUCAUUGUCAGUCGCCAAAUUAACAUCUUGGGCAACUUCCGCUACGCCAAUACCUAUGCUAAAGCCAUCGAACUGGUGAAGGAUGGAAAAAUCCCGUUGGACGGAUUGGUCACGCAUCGUUUUGCGCUAGAAGAUACGCUACAAGCGUUUGAAUUGGCAAUGAAGAAUUCUGAAGGAGUUAUCAAGAUCCAGAUUGGUGAUUUUUAAUAAUGAUGAUCGAUAAAAAGUGAGAAAGAUGUGUUAUCUGGAUCGUACAAGCAGCUAAUUACUGUAUGUAACCAGAUGAUAACGAGAGGCAAUUUUAAUAAGUGGAGAAAGAAAUAUAAGAGAUAUAGUAUAUAUAUACACACAACAGAAAGAUAUCUUUUGUUUAUACAGCGGGUCGAAUGAGGAGGAAAGGGAUGUUAUACGAUGGGAAAGGGUAAUAAGAACAAGGAGGGUAUAUCUUUUUCCUUAAAAAGACCGGACAGACGAUACGGAUUCUCUCCUCAAAGCACGAUCGUAACCUGCACGAGAAUGGAGUUCAUGUCGCUUUUGGAAUUCUUUGGCUCGGCUACCAAGCUUGUGUUUGCGCCAUGGCAGUAUGCUAGGGCCGCCACCACCACUGCUGCUGCUGUGGUUGUUGUAACCGCCGUUUGAAACCUUAUUGCCUCUCUCCAGGUACUUGUCCCACACAAAGAUCAUCAAUACUUUGACAAUAU